AUGCCCAACGAAAAGAGCGACAUGAGUCGCCCUCAUGCAAAACAAAAUCAUGCGCCACGAAACCCCGCUGUUCAGCUGGGGUUAUCUCCUCUCUCCUCUUUCUUUCAACAGCUCAUCUGCGGCCGCUGGGACAAGAUGGCUGAAGUGAUCGGGAUCGUUUCAGGGGCGAUUACCUUUGGAACCGUCGUUGCGCAGAUCUCCAAGUCGAUUAUCCAAAUCAAAGACUGCUGGGGCCAGAUCCGCGACGCGCCCGAAGACAUGCAAGAACUCAUCGCGGAGCUAGAAAUUUAUGAUCUCAUCUUGCGGAAAGCCGAACAGAAUCUUUCAUCGGGCCCAAUGGCGAAUGCCAUAGAAAUGAAUGGACAUUUAUUUCAGAGUCUAGAGGUCUGCAGGAAAGCAGCAGAGAGCCUCCAGAUCAUUUCAAAGGAUCUUGCCAAAGACCUUCAGCUUUAA